CUUGUCCAAUUGAAUACCAUCGGAUGGGAAACAGCCAUAUUGGAGCAGAGAGAAGCAGAGAUAAAUGCCAAUAAAAGUUUUGCCUACGAAGCACAAGUAAUGAAGCAGCAGAGGGUGGAACUGCGGAACGAGCACGUUAAAAGUCGACAUCGAUUCGAGGCUUCAAUUGUGAUGGAGACGAGAACAAUGGAAGAUUUGAAACAUUCCUAUGGGAAAGCCGUUGGUGGAAAAUUGACCGCAGAGAACUUGUGGAAGGCCUCCCGACGUCAGUACGCAGAAAUGCGGUCUCAAGUCUUAGAUCUUGUCAGGGAUGCACAUCGAAAACUCUCCAUUUUAGAUGAAAUUGCCCUAAAGCCGAAUCCUUUGUCCAUUAUCGACUAUGUGGACCUAUUGAUCACGUCGGAGACCUUCCAAAUGAAGCCUGGCUACAUGAAAAGGGUCGGAAUCCUCAAUGAAAUCCGUGAGAGCCUGGACAAGGAGGGAAUCGGAGACGAGAGGAUCUGUCACCAGGGAGCGAGAGAAAAAGGAACCAAUUCAGCACGUUUCUCAAUGUGCAAGCGUUUAGGAAUGAGUCAGAACCACCAAACGGAAGACGAAAUCCCUAACCGAAAUCCGAAUGCUAGCUACAUUAAUAGAGCUCAGGACACAGAGGUGAAUCGCAGCGGCACACAUCAAGAGGAAAAAAUUAGCACUGUAGGUAAACAUUUACUUAGGUUCAGUCCUCAUUCACCACUGGGUGGUUCCUUCCGACCCCUUAUGUGUACGUCGGAUGACAACCUGAAGCAGGAACGUGAGGAGCAUCCCAAAUCUCCAAAGGCAGAGCUAUUGGUACGUGAUUUACCAUACUCAGGCACAUCCCACAACAAACAGGAUUUUGCAAAAUGCACGAGCAAUUCCAGGAAGCAGGCAUCACUGGAUAGGAGGAUUGAAGUCCUGCUUACUGGAACGUCUGCAAAAAGUAUUGGGGAUUUCUUGAUUGGCCUCUUCAACGUCAUCUUGGAUGUGACCAGUGGGGAUCUCCAUCGCUGGACCCUUGAGAAAGUGCUUCAACCAGAUAAUGACAUCCUCAUUCUCGAAAACAAUCUCGAUCAUGAAAACAUGCCAACUGUCUACAAAUUCACCAUGUACAUUGGCACACCCUCUAACCCGUUGAUUCCGACGCUUCAGCUUCAUUUGUAUCCUCAUGAUGAAAUAAACUUCAAUCUAUUGAAUCUUUGA